UAAAAUGAGACUUUUAGAGUUAGAUGUUUCAAAUAGAGGCGGAGCAGGUAAUUUUAGUUUAGGGAUUCUGAAUCUCAAUUUUUUUUUUUUAUCUUACUAGUACGGAAUUGGUUUUUCCCAGCAUGUACAUAUUUAGUGGCAGAGUCAGAUUUUUCACAAAAGGGGUCCAAAAUACUAAAAAAUAUACACACAAGGAAGCCAAAAGGGAGGACAAUAGUUUUUUUGUUGGUCAACAACCAACUAAAGUGCUCUAUAUUUCUUCACUGCUCGUACAACAUCUAAUAUAUACAUAAACAAAAGUUCCAAUAAUGUAUAAAAAGUAUAAUUUUCUCGGCUCUGUCCUAGCUCGUAUCUAAAAUGCUGACCCCACUCCUAGUUCCAACCAUAGAAACGUGUCAUUCUUUUUUGAAAUAGACUAAUAAAGAAAUAAUGACACAUAAACCAGAACAGAAAAAGACUAGUAAAAUAAUCUUGAAAGCAGCUCUUGUUGUCCGUUCCAUGCAAUCCCAGUUGUCUAACAGCUUUGUCAAAUUGAUUCAGUAUCCAUUUUUAUGUAAUGGGCUUGUUUGGUGGAUGAUGAACUUUCUAGUAAAAGAAACAUUAAAGUCAAAGGUUCCAUAAAAGUGCAAUCUUGCUUGUACACUAAUAAUUUAAUAAAGCAUUUACUCAGCAUGAUUGAUUUCUUGAUUCUUGAAGCUAUAUAGUAUACUACUUGUGUGUUUCUUUCCACCAAGCUAAAAAGUAAUUCAAAUUUAUCAAUGAAGUUCCAUUUUUUCAAACUAUGUUCUUUUCUUGUGUUGUCAAUAAGUUCGCCUUUUUGUUAUGCCAUAAGUAUACCUCCUAAUGAGUCUAUUCCAGCAGUGUUUGUUUUUGGAGAUUCCAUUGUUGAUACUGGUAACAAUAAUGGCCUCAAAACUAUAGCUAAGGUUAAUUAUCCUCCUUAUGGUAGGGAUUUUAUGGGAGGAAUACCAACUGGAAGGUUUUCUAAUGGCAAAGUACCCUCAGAUUUCCUUGUGGAAGAAUUGGGAAUAAAGGAGCUUUUACCAGCAUAUCUUGAUCCAACUUUACAAGCACAAGACCUCAUCACAGGAGUUAAUUUUGCUUCAGGAGGUGCAGGAUAUGAUCCUCUAACAUCUGAAAUUGCGAAAGUCAUAUCAUUAGAUGGUCAAUUGAUAUUAUUCAAAGAGUACAUAGUCAAGCUCACAGCAAUAGUUGGAGAGGACAGAAAGAAUGAAAUCUUGGCAAAUAGCUUAUUCAUGAUAGUCACAGGAAGCAAUGAUAUUACCAACACGUAUUUUGGUUUGGCUAUCCGAAGAUCAUCCUAUGAUGUUUCAUCAUAUGCUGAUCUCUUGGUCAACUCGGCUUCCAGUUUUGUACAGGAUUUAUAUGGGCUAGGGGCACAUCGAAUUGGUGUUUUUGGCAUACCACCAAUCGGAUGUUUGCCAUCGCAAAGAACACUAAACGGAGGAGAAGAAAGAAAAUGUGUUGAUUAUUUGAACCAAGCAGCACAAUUGUUCAACCGCAAGUUGGCAGCUUACUUGAGUUCUUCAGGAAACAAAUUACCUAAUUCAAGAUUGGUGUAUAUAGAUAUAUAUGAUCUCCCACUUGAUGUCAUCAACAACCCUCAAAAAUAUGGAUUCAAGUAUUCAGACAAAGGAUGCUGCGGGACGGGGAAAAUAGAAGUUGCAGAGUUAUGCACAUAUACAUGUUCUAGUGAUUCAGAUUAUGUUUUUUGGGAUAGUUUUCAUCUUACAGAAAAAGCAUACAAACUUUUAGCUCAUGAAAUUCUUGUCCAAAAUUUAAGUGGCUUCUUCUGAUGAUAUAUUCCACAUACCAACAGGCAUAAUUGGAUACUCUCUAGUCUAUUUACUUUUAAUGUCCUUACCAAGCAUAGAAAUAUGUAUUCUUUUAGUAUAUUCAAGAGAAGGAGAAUUAUAGCUCACUCUGUGUACUAUCUUCAUUGUAUGGUUUACAAACAAUUAUACAAGAAUUACAAUACUUUGAUCGUGAUA